GAGCAGAGCACAGACUUUUCCUUCAAAACUCCAGUUCGGUAUCUGAAGAAGAAACCUGCGGAGCAACCAAAACAGCUGCAGAGGCAUUCAGCACUCAGGAGAGCUCCCACUGUUGUUUUGGUCAGGGUACUAUCCUGUUCUUGAGAAGACAAGAAAGUCUCCUUCAUCCUUUGUCCAAAGAGAUGGAACACAGAAGUGGAUCCCAGUUUCUCCUGUCCUUUGCACUUCUCUAUGUUUUCUUCUCCCAAACUCUUGCUUUACCUUCUCUGGGAACAUAUUCAGCAAUGAGAUUAGGAAACAGAAUGCCCUUUGAGGGGGCAAGUGAAUCUGAUCAUGCUCAAGGCUCAUUAAAACCUGAGGGUGAUAUUUUGCAGACGACACUUCCUGAGAAUGACAAGUACUAUUAUGAUGUAUCCAGAGCUAUGGACAGAAGUGCAAGGCAUGCUGAUGGACUCUUCACAAGUGGCUACAGCAAACUUUUGGGUCAGCUUUCUGCAAGGAGAUAUUUGGAAUCACUUAUUGGGAAAAGAGUUGGGAAUGAUGAACAGAUGCCAGUGAAACGCCACUCUGAUGCUGUCUUCACUGACAAUUACAGUCGCUUUCGAAAGCAGAUGGCUGUUAAGAAGUAUUUGAACUCUGUCUUAACUGGGAAAAGAAGCCAGGAAGAACUGAACCCACCGAGCCUUCGGGAUGAGACGGAACUGCUUGAACCUGCAUUUUCGGAAAACUAUGAUGACGUCACUGUAGAUGAGCUCGAACUGCUAAACCACCUCCCUUUGAACCUUUGAAGCCAACCUAACAAAGAGAUCCUGCAAAAAAAACCUUCUAAAGUCCUAAAGACAAGAUCAAACUAUUUUUUGAGUUUCUCAUAGUAUUUCAAAGAAAUAAUUUCAGUAUUUAAGCCAAAACAGAUAUAUUGUGAAGUGAAAUUUGUGAUAUUUUUGUUUCUUAUAUGAUAUAAUAAAAGUGGAUGUUUACACUGUAAAUAUUAGUUUUGAGUGAUCUACCUAAAGCUGUACAUAUGUAUGCUAGUAAACUCACAUAAAUCCUG